AUGACCAAAGAUUUUGAGGUCAUAACAGAAUUUCCCAUUAAUGUUGAAGAAUUGGGCGAAGCUGUUAGCAUAAGUGUUGGAUGGGGUAAAAAAGAAACACAAUUCCAUGGAUCAGAAGGAAAAACUGCAGCUCAAAAAGUAGUCGAUACGUCUAAUUUUACCCGAUCGGAUGAUGAUGACUUCUAUCCACGCGUUUCUUGGUGCGGUGACGGCAAAGGUGGAUAUAAAUGGUUUGAUUUGAUUUUAAAAAGUUACAAACUUAUUCAAUUACUUUAUAUAAUAAUGUUAGGGCUUCGAGUAAUCCGUGUAUACAACAGGGAAGGGAUAUUGCAAUCUACCAGUGAACCUGUCGAUAAAUUAGGACAUAUAAUUGAAAUUUUAUGGAAUUGUGAUUCUACUAUAUUGGCCAUAUUGUUGGAGAGAGAAACAUCGAAUGAAGUAUCGUCAUGUGGUACACGUUCGAUUUAUCUUACACCAUUUCGAAUAAUGAAUAUCCCUCCUCCAAUGUUUGCUUUCUCGGUCCAGCUUGAUUCUCCUGCUGUACAUGUAUCAUUUUCACCUAGUAAUGGUGGUAAUGACUUUGCCGUUCUUAAAGCUAAUCAGGAAAUCUCAUUUUUCGAAUGGCCUGGAGUAAUGGAUACCCCUCUAAAACCACCAAAGUUAUUAGGGACUGUUCAUAU